AUGCCAAAGGGUUGGGCACUUCUAGAAAACACAAAAUUCGACAAAAAAGGCAGUAGAAAAAAAAUUAAAACCAAGGUUAUUGACUAUCUAAAACAAUUUUUUCUUAAUGGUAACCUAAACCCCAAGGACAAGCUUACAGCCAAAGAAAUGUAUGAGGAGUUGUUGGAGCUCGUACAUUUUGGAGAAAUCGAUGAGGACCAUGUGCCCAAAGUUACUAUUAUUCAAAACUGGAUUGGACAAUAUUCGAGGGAAUUUAACCAGCAAGGGAUUGUCAUCACGCUUGAAACUUUUAAAGCAACAGGUCCUUCAUCAAUUGGCAAAGAUUA